AUGGAGAACUGGUGCGAGUAUGUCUCCCAGGAUGGAGAGAUCAGGAACAUCCUACAGUUCUUCUGCGAAUGCGAAGACUUGGAUGAAACCUUCACCAACCUCGUGUCCGCAUCAUCAGCGAUGUCGUCGACGACCGCUAGCCCUCCAGGCUGGAAGCGGGUGCUCGACGUGGCCCAGGAUCGCGCACGCGUGGGCUACGGAGGUACCAGCGGGGCCAUCCCGAUGCACAUGGAUACUACAUGCACGCCGUAGCGCUUCAACGUUACGGGUUGGCAUUUGAUGUCUUGGCGCGGUACACAAGAGGUGAUAGGGGCAGAAGUUGACGGAUACAGCCAGUCCUCUUGGUGUCGCUGUUGAAGUACAGCAGCAAGCGGUCCUCUCCUCAGCACACAACUAGGAGCCAGGCUCCGAUAGGGCUUUCUGUUGCCAUGGCAAAAGUCGGAAGGAAGUGUCGGACCAGGCGCUCACCACUUCUGAACUUUUGAUGCUGUGGUUGUUCCUCCUGCCCUCUCUUCUCCCCGAGCUUGUGAUCGUUGCCAUAGUCGGCUGGUGGUUAUGAACGCACCGCCCCCCCUGACGGUGCACAGCAGCAACACCCUAUGCAUAAAAGAAACGUAUGCCGGACCAACCCACGGCAAAACCAUGUGUUGCCGUUGUUGUUGUUGUUGUUGUUGAUGUUGAUGUUGUUGUUGUUGUUGUUAUCGGUGUUGUUUUGUGGCUGUUGCUGUUGCUGUUGCUGUUGUUGUUUUGUGGCUGUUGCUGUUGCUGUUGCUGUUGCUGUUGCUGUUGCUGUUGUUUUGUUUUAACCACAACGACCAUUGGUUGAUGCCGUCGCCAUACCGAGAUCGAUGACGUUGUCCGGCUCCCCACCACCGCCGCCGCCGCCGUCGUCUCCAUGAUUGUGUUGCACCCUCGUGCGGACAGGGUACCGUGGCCGGGGGGUGCGAGGCGCGUGGACUUGGCCUGGUUCCUCGCGGCAGCUCUCCUAUGGCUCGUGCGACUUGCGGCGAGAAGGUCGACCUCACUCGCGCAGACUGUCGCUGUUGUGACGGCAUGCUUCGGAGGGCUUGGCUACUCGCACCUGAGAGCCCUCCGCCGGGGGUCACGCUCGCAGUUCCACGUGGCCUGGCUUUCUCUCUCCGUGGUGGGGCUUUACUCUACGCGAUAUCGCGGCGGCGACGUGAACACCGAGUUACACCCCACUCCGCCGUCGAAGACUGCAGACGUGGCCGUCAACUUGUGCUUGUUGGCCAUGGCCGCGUGCUACGGCCACUGCUGUUUCACCGACCCGGGACGAGACAAGCUUGCGAGCG